UCUUUAAUCAAAUUACAACAUCUUUGGUUCCAAACACCACUUCAUCCUCGGAGUUAAGUUCACCUGAAUGUCUAUGAUAGUUGACCUUAGAAUUCACCAACUAACAGCCUUUAUAAUUUCCAACUGUAAGUCUAAAAUGUAUCAUGCCCUCUUUAUUCACAAAUCAUGGGGAUUAAAAAAUCAAACACACACUACAAGUGACUCACCUACUUACCUUUAAUAUUUGAGAUCAUACAAUCCAUGAAGCUUUUUGUUUCUUCUAUGCUUACAUUGUAGCAUUCAGUGACCCUUCUCCUCAAACUUUGAUUUUACUCUAUUCUAUUACCAAUUAACGGAACACACCAUCUGACUAUAACAUACAUGACGCUGACUAGAGGACUGACCAUUGUGAUUCUGUUGUUUGCACUGUACUGUGGAUUAGACCCCUUCAAGCACAGCCCUAUACAAGGCUUCCCUGAUUUUGAGGCUCACAAAAUUAACUUGCCAUCAUGGUCUGAGGUUCCUAUGGACCAAGACAAAGACAAUUUGUUGCAGAAAUCAGAACUCAUGUUUGUGAAUCAAGUGCAGGGACCGGAGAGCAUCGCCUUCGAUCCUCUCGGCCACGGCCCUUACACCGGUGUCGCUGAUGGAAAGAUUUUGUUUUGGAAUGGACUGUCUUGGAUUGAUUUCGCAUACACCUCCCCCAAUAGGUCAGAACUAUGCAAUUCUAAGGAAUCUGCAUCACCACUUAGUUAUGCUGAAACUGAGCACAUCUGUGGAAGGCCUUUGGGCCUAAGAUUUGACAAGAAAACUGGUGAUUUAUACAUUGCAGAUGCAUAUUUUGGGCUGAUGAAGGUGGGGCCUCAAGGUGGCUUAGCAACAUCUCUUGCAACUGAGGCUGAAGGAGUACCCUUGAGAUUUACUAACGAUGUAGACAUUGAUGCAGAAGGAAAUGUCUACUUCACUGAUAGCAGCAAUAAAUUUCAGAGAAGGAAUUUCGUUCAUCUGGUCUUUUCUGGUGAGGAUAGUGGCAGGGUUUUACGAUACAGCUCGGCUACUAAGGAAACCGUUGUUCUGGUGAGGAACAUUCAAUUUCCAAAUGGCAUUUCCUUAAGCAAGGAUGGUUCCUUCUUUGUCUUUUCUGAAGGAAUAACAGGAAGGUUGCGCAAAUACUGGCUAAAAGGAGAUAAAGCUGGAACUUCAGAAAUCUUAGCAAUCCUACCUGGUUUUCCUGACAAUGUGAGAGUCAAUGAAAAUGGUGACUUUUGGGUGGGUAUCCAUUGUAGAAGGUAUAUGUACGGUUACUUAAAUGCACUCUAUCCAAAAAUUAGAAAAUUCAUUCUCAAGCUACCUAUUCCAACAAGGAUUCAUUACCUGCUUCAAAUUGGAGGCAGGUUCCAUGCUGUAAUUGUGAAGUAUAGCCCUGAAGGUAAACUUCUGCAGAUAUUGGAGGACAGUGAAGGAAAAGUUGUUAAGGCAGUGAGUGAAGUGGAGGAGAAGGAUGGUAAACUCUGGAUAGGAAGUGUUCUAAUGCCUUUCAUUGCAGUUUACCAUUUGACAUGAAGCAUAAAUAUUAGAUUCUCCUUUUAGCAUCCACUCUAGACAAGUUAUUUUUUACAUUGAAUUCUCAGAAGAAAUCACUAGUUGAUUUUUUACCCUCCCCCUUCUAUUUGAUUAUAAUGUCAUGAAAAAUAGAGACCAUAUAAAGUAAUACAAUGAGCUAUUUUUCCUUCACCGGUUUACAAUAUUACUUCAA